AUGUCAACUGAUCUCAUCAGCAACUCGGACGUGUACCCCAGUACGACCCUCACAAGAUCUGGGCUGCUCUCAUCUCCUGCGCGUGAUCUAGUGCAAUCGCUGACAUCGCGCCCUGCGAUAGCCUGUGAGAAAUCAACGGUCGGCGAUGCUAGCUCAUGCGCAUAUCUCAACCGCUUCCUGCAUGCCCUCUCGGAUCUUGAGGCGGCUUCCUUGUCGGUUGACUGCAUCGAUCCCAAGCCUGGUGUCACCAGCAAGCUGCAGCGCAUACUGCUAGUGCCAAGCAAAGUUUAG